AUGACGGAAUCUUCAGUCUACCAUGACGAUGUUCCUGGCACCGUUCGUCUCGUUGACAUCAAUGGGAUGAAUUCGUCAGGGCCCCACGACUCUCAGCACAGAGACAUUGUCCUGGUUCCUCGCCCAAGCUCCGAUCCAAAUGACCCGCUCAAUUGGUCCCAUCGUCGAAAGCUCUUGGCCGUCAGCAUGUCUUAUCUUUAUGUCUUGGGCACCGGGAUAGCAACCUCUCUUCAAUACUCUGUCCUGGCAGAUAUCACGAAGGAUACCGGCAUUUCUACUGCAAAUCUCGUCCAGGGAACAGGAGUCAUGUUUCUAUUCUUUGGUUGGGCUUGUCUGAUUUGGCAACCGAUCGCUCUUACAUACGGACGGCGUGGCGUCUAUCUUAUCACCAUGCUGCUUACGAUUCCGAUAAUGGUUUGGACUGCCUACUCAACAUCUGCUGGGGAAUGGUUUGCCCACAGGAUCUUGAUUGGCAUCAUUGUAUCUCCAAUCGAGUCUCUGUGUGAGGUUACCGUGUUCGAUCUCUUCUUCGCCCAUAACCGUGGGACUUAUAUGAGUCUCUACGUGGCCAUCCUCUUUGGGUCCAACUUCCUUGCCCCUCUCGUCGCAGGAUGGUUCAACGAUGCCUUUGGAUGGAGAUGGACGAUGCAUUUCGGGGCAAUUAUAUGCGCAAUUUGCUUCCUUAUUAUGUUCGUCUUUAUGGAAGAAACAAUGUACUUCCGUGGAGUAUCACUUGAAAGCCAAACAGUUACCGAUAACGAACACCAAGACUUGAGGGAGUCCAAAGCCGACGGAAAAGCAGAUGAAGGAUCGCCGAGAAACUCUCUGCCGUCUUCCCCAUCGGUCAUCUACAAGGAUAUCAACUCAGGCUGGGGGAAAUACACUUGGUUCAAGGUUGUGACAGGGCGGCCCAGUAACACGGACAUGCUACGAAUGGUCUACCGGCCUGUUCUUAUGAUUUUCCAGUUUCCAACAGUUGCGUGGGCUGGAUUUCUCUAUGGAAUCAACCUUGCCUGGUACAAUGUCCUGAAUGGAACUGCCAGUCCUGUUCUGUCAAGCAAUCCAUACAAUUGGAAUGCAGCACUGGUUGGUUGCGUAUAUGCAGGACCGAUUAUUGGAGCAGCUGUUGCUUGUCUCUGGGUUGGAAAGGCAGCAGACUGGAUCGCCUUGUGGCUAGCGCGACGCAAUGGGGGUAUCAGGGAGUCCGAGCAACGCCUUUGGGUGCUGCUUCUCUCAGGUAUCAUCUCAUCAGCUGGCCUCAUCAUAUGGGGUGUUGGUGCAUACUACCACGUCCACUGGAUCGGCCUUGUGUUUGGGCUAGGUAUGCUUACGGUUGGAUGUGUUGCUGGAGGUGCGGUCGCUGUCAGCUACAACGUCGAUUGCUUCAAAGAGAUCGCAGGUGAAACAACUGUCUCCAUCAUGUUGAUUCGCAAUACGAUCGGAUUUGGCUUUAGUUAUGCUAUCACGCCAUGGUGGACAACCCAGGGGUUAAAGAACUGCUUUAUCACUGCAGCUAUGAUUUCACUUGCGUGUACACUUACUUUCUUCGUCAUGAUCGUCUACGGGAAGCGAAUUCGACGAUGGUCCAUACCAUCCUACCGGAAGUACAUGGCUAGCAUGGCUGUUUCGCACGAAUGA